AUGGGUGUUGCAGCCUGUCUAUCGGACCUAUAUGAUUCAUGUCACGAUCGCCAUGGAAAGAAACUUAAGAAGAAAAAUCAACUUCAGACGGUGGAAAUAAAAGUAAAGAUGGAUUGUGAAGGAUGCGAAAGGAGGGUAAGGAAGUCCGUGACAGGAAUGAAAGGAGUGAGUUCAGUCGACGUGGACCCCAAAAAAAGCAAGCUGACCGUAGUUGGAUAUGUGGACCCAGAGAAAGUAUUGAAUCGAGUUCGGCAUCGGACCGGGAAAAAAGCCGAGAUGUGGCCGUACGUGCCGUACGAUGUGGUGGAGAAACCUUACCUUCCGGGUGUUUACGACAAAAAAGCGCCUCCUGGGUAUGUUAGGAAUACGGUCGAUGUGGAUCCGUCGACCGAGGGUUUGGUGCGGGCGAGUUCUACUGAGAUUCGGUAUACCACGGCUUUUAGUGAUGAAAAUCCCACGGCUUGUAUAGUUAUGUAG